AUGCACCAGGCGCUCACCACAGAAACAACGGUCCACCCUGGCUUGCAUCCGAGGGAGGUGGCUGAGGUGCUGGAGCAGUUCCUGCAGGAGGGACGGAUUUCAGCUCUGAUGUGGGAGGUCUGCCAGCCGCCAGCGCAGGCUGGCUCACCUGAGCUGCAAGAGGCCCUGCUCAACAAGAUCGUAUGUUUGCCUGAUCACGUGAGCAAUAAACUCCAGGGGAAAAACCCGCCAGUGUUUUUCCCACAGAACUACUUUCCUCUCUUGGGUGGUGCAAUUAUCCAGGUGCUGCAGAAGAUCUCCGAUUCUCUAAGAGGUGGCUUGGAUUGCUCAAUCUCUUUUGUUUCUCAUGUCCUGGGGAAGGUGUGCGUUCAUGGGAGACAAAAGGAAAUUCUGAGCGUUUUGGUACCCCGCCUGACCGAUCUCACCAAGUCAGACUGCAUCUGGCAAAGAAUAUGCUGGCGAUUGGUUGAAUGUGUGCCGGACCGCUGGAUGGAAGCAGUGGUCCUUGGUUUUGUUCAGAGAGCACCAGGGGCAGAUACCUUGUCUAGGUUGCUGGGGAACCUGGUAGUGAAAAACAAGAAAGCUCAGUUUGUGGUGACACAGAAGGUGCUGCUCUUGCAGUAUUGCCACACGACUGCAGUGCUGCAGAACCUCCUUGGCUACCUGUCCCUGGAUAGCCUUCGGCGCGCUUUAUUGAUCAAAGUGCUGCAAGAACUCUUGGAGACCUGGGGCAGCAGCAGUGCUGUGAAGCACUCUCCACCUGAGCAGCAGCAGUAUAUUAGCAAGGCCAUCCUUAUCUGCCUCUCCCACCUGAAGGAGCCUGAAAUCGAGAGCUGCAGGCAAGAGCUUCUCACAAGCAUGAUGGAGGGCGUGAAAUGCCACUUGGACAGCAACCUGCCACAAAUACGGCGUCUGGGAAUGAUUGUGGCAGAGAGCAUUAGUUCAAAAAUAAACACUGAUGGGCCUGUCCUGAAGUUUCAGUACGAAGAAGAUGAUGAAGCAAGACAACUGAAGUCCCUUCUGAAAGCAGAUGCUGCACUGCCAUUGGUAUUGGAAAGUAACAAGAAAUCGCGUACAGCAGCCCCUGUGAUGCCAGAUGAGGAGUCAGAUGCUGAGCUUGACAGUGAUGAUGACCUCAUCCCUUAUGACAUGUCAGAGGAUAAAGAACUGAAGACUAAGGCUCCUGUGUAUAUCCGAGACUGUAUUGAAGUCCUGACAGGAUCUGAAGAUCUGGACAAAUGGGAAGCUACAGUCAAGGCUCUUGAGAGCUUGGUUCGAAAGAAUCCAGCAGCAACAAGAGAGGUUAGCGUGGAGCUGGCAAAAAUAUUAUUGCAUCUGGAGGAGAAGACCUGUAUUGAAGGCUUUGUGGAGCUCCGUCAGAGAGCUCAAGUAGCUGUUUUAACCACAGAUCCAAUACCUGUAGCAAAGUACUUGACCUCCCAGUUCUACUCUCUGAACUAUAGUCUUCGUCAGCGCAUGGACAUUCUCGAUAUAUUGGUUUUGGCAGCUCAGGAACUGUCCUAUCCCAAAUCCCAUGGGAAGACCAAGCAUUCUGGUGCCCAAAAACCUUGUAUCCAGCUCCUUCCUGGAAGUGACAGCUCUAAGGACUGGAGAAGAAUUGUUGAUGAGAGGAUCAAAAGCAAGACUCGGAGAUUUGCUAUGGGUCAGUCUCAAGUGGAACUGGCUUCUGGCCCAAAUGAGUUCAAUUCUGUUGCUGGGCACUUCUUUUUUCCAUUGAUUCAGCACUUCGACAGGCCUUUGACAACAUUUGAUCUCCUGGGGGAAGAUCACUUUGUCCUUGGAAGACUGGUCCACACUUUAGCAAUCCUGAUGUACCUGGCUGUCAACACUGUGGCAGUUACGGCAAUGGGAAAGGCACUGCUGGAGUUUGUUUGGGCUCUGCGUUUCCACACUGACUCGUACGUGCGCCAGGGUCUUUUGUCCUGUGUCUCCUCCGUGCUCCUUGGCGUCCCGGCGGAGCGUCUUCUGGAAGACAUGACAGAAGAGCUUUUGGAGACGCAGUCCUGGCUGGGAGAUGUGGUGGAGAAAGAUCCAGAUGGGGACUGCAGGAGGCUGGCCUUGCAGAACUUGCUACUAAUGGAGAACCUGAAAAAGAAACUCCAAACUCUCCCUUCCUAGCUGAAGGGUAAAAGAAGUGACCUUUACCUCAUCCUCUUGCCAGCUGAAUGCAUGUAGGCACUGCUGGGGCCGCUCCAGCAGUCACCUGGCUGGAGAAGAGGAAGAAGGGGGGAAGGGGUGCAGAGCUGUAAGCCAGCGAACCUGACUUGACAUCUGGACUUUGUAGUGGAGGCCAAUUUAGUGAGCUACUGCUAUCCGGUACGGCGUGUACAGAUGCAGGAAGGUAGGCGAGCGCUGCCAUCCUCCCCACACCUCCCCAGCCCCCACCCGCAGCUAUUUAUAACCUUGGCAGGUUUGAGUGCUCUGCUAAAAAUACAGGGAAGAUCUCAUAGCAGACUUCUUGUCAGAAAAACAGGAGG